AUGAGGGUGGUUGAUGCUUUAGAAACCACGGAAGCAUCUGAGAAUGGUCACAUAGGAAUUAGGGCUUCUCCUCCAAAAAAGAUGCCAGGAUCAAUAGCCCAACUGAAGUGCCUCUACACCAAUGCACGCAUCAUGGAUGAAGAGGCAGAUGAAAUAUUCUGUAAGCAGCUGGGCGAAGUCUCACCAUCACCAGCCCUUGUUCUCAUGGAAGAUUUCAACUUAGCAGAUGUCUGCUGGAAAUACAAUACAGGAAAGAGGAAACAGUCUAAGAGAUUCCUGGAGUGUGUGGAGGAUAAUUUCCUGGCCCAACAGAAUGAAGAGGAUGAGGACCAGCCUCUCAGCCUGGCCUGGCCUGAUACUCCACGCAAGCAGCUCACCUACCUUCUUGUAUUACCCAUUGUUUUCCCACUGUGGGCUUCCCUCCCGGAUGUCAGAAAACCUAGGUCAAGAAAGUUUUUUCCUAUCACCUUUUUUGGGUCUAUCAGCUGGAUUGCGUUUUUUUCUUACUUAAUGGUCUGGUGGGCACAUCAGGUUGGAGAGACCAUUGGUAUUAGCGAAGAAAUCAUGGGAUUGACUAUUCUAGCUGCUGGCACAUCAAUUCCUGACCUUAUUACCAGUGUUAUUGUAGCACGCAAAGGCCUGGGGGACAUGGCUGUAUCCAGUUCUGUUGGAAGCAACAUAUUUGACAUCACAGUGGGCCUUCCUCUUCCGUGGCUCCUGUAUGCUGUGAUUAACAGCUUUGCCCCGGUGACAGUCAGCAGCAAUGGUCUGUUCUGUGCGAUCGUCCUCCUCUUCAUCAUGCUGCUAUUUGUCAUCCUCUCCAUCGCUUUCUGCAAGUGGAGGAUGAAUAAAAUCCUGGGCUUUUUCAUGUUUGGGCUUUAUUUUGUGUUCCUGAUUGUCAGUGUCCUCCUGGAGGACAAAGUGAUCCAGUGUCCUGUCUCCAUCUAGUGGAAAGUGCUGUUUCUC